UCUCGGGCUCGCUGCGGGUUGCUGCUGUCACUUUUCUGGGGGCUUUCGUGGCGGGCUUAGCUGGGUUGCUGCAGUUGUAGAGGAAGCGGCUCUGGGCCUCCGCGGGCGGGAGGCAGCUAUGCCCCGGUAUUAUGAGGACAAGCCAGAGGAAGGCGCGUGCGCGGGCGUGAAGGAGGAUCUGGGCAUCUGCCUGCUGCAGUCCGACUGCGUGCUGCAGGAAGGAAAAUCCCCUCGGCAGUGUUUGAAAGAAGGAAACUGCAAAGCUCUGAAAUACUCAUUUUUUGAAUGUAAAAGAUCAAUGUUGGAUGCAAGAUCAAGAUUCAGAGGAAGAAAAGGAUAUUGAUCCUAAUAUGUUGAAACCAAGAUAAAGUCAACAAAGCAUUUUCUGUGGUCAAAAACAGAGAAAUCAACAUAAGAAAUAUUUUCUGUAUCAACUGGAUCUAUUUUUCUGCUCCACUGAAUCCUAAAGAAAGUAGAUGAGUUCUGUUUUUGAAAGUAAAUUUAAAUUGAGCAUUUAUGAGAAUGGUAGCUAAAUAAAUGUAUAUUGAGAAUUGUUCUUAAUCACAGAGAAUAAAAAGAUGAUUGUUUUCAA